AUGGAAAAUAUUACUCUUGAUCAAUACCUUCAAUCAGCAGUUGAUGUUGUUAAAGAGAUUGGCCCAAUGAUUUUAAAAAACUAUAACAGUCGUUCAAAACAAAUUGAAUACAAAGGUGCUAUUGAUUUAGUUACUGAUACUGAUAAAGCUGUUGAAGAACAUAUUAUUAAAACAUUGACAACUAAAUAUCCACAUACAAAGAUUUUAGGAGAAGAAUCAACUAAAGAUGGAAUUUACAAUUGGGGUAAUGAACCAACAUGGGUAAUUGAUCCAAUUGAUGGUACAACCAAUUUCGUUCAUAGAUUCCCAUUAUUUUGUGUUUCAAUUGCAUUAUCAAUAAACAAAGAAAUUGUUGUUGCUUGUUUAUAUGCACCAGUAUUGGAUGAAUUAUUCACAGCAACUAAAGGUGGUGGUGCCUUUUUAAAUGGUGAAUCAAUUUCAGUUUCAUCUGUUGAACAUCUUUCACAAUCAAUCAUUUCAACAAAUGUUGGUUAUGAUAGAUCCGAUAAAGGUAUUGAAUUUAUGUUAACUAAUUUCAAAAAUAUUUUAAAGGAUAAUGUUCAAGCAUUAAGAUUCUCAGGUACAGCAGCAUGGGAAAUGGCAAGUGUAUCAUGUGGUAGAGUUGAUAGUUUCUAUGAAUGGGGUAUUCAUCCAUGGGAUAUUGCUGCUGCCUCUUUAUUAAUUACAGAAGCUGGCGGUGUUGUUGUUGACCCAUCAGGUGGUAAAUGUGAUAUGGAAUCUAGAAAAGUUUUAUGUGGUAAUCCAAAUAUUGUUAAUAAAUUAUCAAAAUUAUUAAUUGAAAAACCAACUUCUAAUUAA